AUUGAGGCGCAACAGAGUUCACCGGCGAAUGCAGGUACACCGGAAAUAAUAACUAAACCAACGAACGAGGAAUGGUGGAGGCUACCAGAACGAAGAGACAUUUUUCCGAAUAAACGUGGCAGAGCAGGCAACAGAUGGCACACAGACAGCAGAGUUGGGGACAGAUAUGCAGGGACAGACUGGCAGAGACAGGGAGUCUCAGGAGAUCUUGGGACGUGGGAAAAGAUGUCCCUGUCAUCCAGAAUGAACAGACAUCCCAAAAACUUCUGCAAUGGCUUUUCUUCUUUAUUGUUGCCCUUCUUGUAUUUGCUCUUGGCAUAUUUAGUAAGGGAUCCUUUCUGCUCCUGAUAACACUGUCAAGUAACGCCACCAAUACAGUCCCAGCUGACCAAAAGCCAUGCGCCCUCCUCAGUGUCAGCUGUGCUGUGAUUGGACCAAGUGUCUUGCUCCUCAUUAAAAGCCUGUGGAAAAUAUUCUUCAAAGACUCAGAGAAACCAUCAAUGAAGACGAUUGUGUGGGUGCUGUGUGUCGAAUUCCUGGUGUCGCUGGGGACAGCGGUUCUCACCAUUGUUGCCAUGCCAUUCUUCGGCAUCGUGACCAAUGUGAUGAUGCUGAACAGCAUCAGCAUCCUGUCCUCCAUCUUCCAGGUGGCCGCUCAGUGCAUUGCGAGGGAGACGAAGCAAUUCAUAGUGCCCCCAAUCAUCUCAUUAGUCCUCAUACUGUCAGGCUACGUGCUCUUCAUCCUCAGUUACCUGCUGUUGAAGGAAGAUAGGGGGAUGAAUGUCUGGAUCGGACUGGCAAUAGUGGGGACCAUCUUUGUCUCGCUGAACUGGUGGGAGAACUACAGCACCCUCUUCAAAAGCUCCUUCCUGGACAGUAUAUGCGAAGAUAUAGCGAGAUCCAGGAAUGUGGUGAGCAUCCUCUCCAGUCUGGUCCGGAUUCUUGUCACUGCAGCCGUGGUGGGGGCAUACGUCCCUCUGUCUGGCAGAGUCUGGUCAUCGGUGACAUCAGUUCCAGGGGAUGUGGGGUUGGUGAUCCUGAUCUUGGUGACCAUCCAGAUAGUGUCCUCCGCUCUGUGCCAUUGGUUCGUGGUGGUGGCUUGCAAAAUGCACGCCAUGCGGCGAAGCUUCCUGUUACCCAUGUACCUGGCCUCGUUAGGUGUUCUGGCAGCGUUCGUUGCUCCUGUCAUUAUCUUCUUCCAGAAUUCAAGUGACCCCAGAGGUGCUAACUACACCAUUACAGAGUACUGCCAGGACAUCACAUAUGGCAGGGGCCUAAGCAGCGACACUGUCUGGUUUGAGAGGCUAGUCAGGGACAUCACCCAUACCCUCUGUCCCCAGGACAUGACCAACCUAACAGAAAUGGGCCUCUUGGGAGGCUCUGCACUCUGCUGGUGGUUGGGUUGGAUUCUGUGCACAAUGUACAUCUGGUUCCUCCAGCUUCAGCGCAUCGAGAGGACACAGAAUCUGUUUGUGCGGAGGAUGUACGAGGGGGCCUUUCUGGAACAGUCCAUACUGCUCAACACGCGUUUUGAGAUUCAGAGGAAGAAAGAAUGCCACAGACAAACUGACCCAGUCACAGUGUACCUGUGUGCAACAAUGUGGCAUGAGAACUAUGACGAAAUGAUGAAAAUGAUCAUCUCAAUGUUCAGGCUGGACAAAUACAGGCCAAGGAAUAACUCCAACGAUGAUGUGAGCUUUGAGUCUCACAUUUACUUUGAUGAUGCUUUUAAAGACGUGAAAGGUAGUAAAGAACGGCAUGUGAACGAAUACGCAGAGGACCUGGUGGACGUUAUCCGAGUUGUUUACAAUAUCUUCAAUGAGGAGGAUUCAUGCAUCUUCAAAGAGAGCCCACCCCUUCCAUGCCAGAGGAUCCUGCACACCCCUUACGGAGGUCGACUGGAGUACACCCUCCCUAAGGGCAACCUGCUGAUGGUGCACUUUAAGGACAAGCUACUGAUCCGCCACAAGAAGAGAUGGUCUCAGAUUAUGUACUUGUACUACAUUCUCGGCUGGCGACUCACCAGGAAGUAUUUCAAGAAGUUUGAUCAGGGUGAAGAUGAGAGCGAGCUGAAGAAAAAGAUGAUGAAAGAGAAGGACAAUACCUAUCUACUGGCUUUGGAUGGGGACACCGACUUCCAGCCCUCUGCUGUAAUGCUCCUAAUAGAUCGACUGAAACGUUAUCCACGUGUGGCUGCGGCAUGUGGGAGGAUUCACCCAACAGGCACAGGUCCUAUGGUAUGGUAUCAGAAGUUUGAGUACGCGGUGGGCCACUGGCUUCAGAAGACUGCAGAGCACGUGUUUGGUAGCGUGCUCUGCAGCCCCGGCUGCUUCAGUCUGUUCAGGGGCGCAGCCCUCAUGGACGACAACGUCAUGAAGAGAUACACCACUAAGGCCACGGAGGCUAGCCACUACAUACAGUAUGAUCAAGGUGAAGACCGCUGGCUGUGCACUCUCCUUCUGCAGCAGGGCUGGAGGGUGGAGUACAAUGCUGCGUCUGACGCCUACACCAACGCCCCCCAGGACUUCAAGGAGUUCUAUAACCAGCGGCGGCGCUGGGGGCCCUCCACCAUGGCCAACACCAUCGAUCUGCUGGGCUCAGGGUCUCUGACCUCCCAGAGGAACAGCUCUAUCUCCAAACCCUUCAUCCUCUACCAGAUUCUCAGCAUGGCCGCCUCCAUUCUAGGCCCGGCUACAAUCUGCCUAAUGAUCUCAGGAAGCUUGUCAUUCAUCCUAGACAUCAAUCCCAACGUUGCUUUGGUCCUUGCAACAGUGCCCCCUGUGGUGUACCUGUUUGUCUGCUUCAAGCUGAAAUCGGACACACAGAUCGCCAUAGCAGCUGUCAUGAGUGUCUUGUACGCUUUCCUCAUGAUAGGAACGGCAUUGUCCAUCAUAGGUGCUAUGGUUGAGCAGCAAACCAUUUGGACUCCUAGCGGCCUGUUUAUCAUAGGCCUGGUGCUGAUGAACAUCAUCACAGCAGCAUUCCACCCCAAGGAGUUCCAUCUGGUCGUCUACGGCCUCCUCUACUUCAUCUCAAUCCCCAGUGGCUACCUCCUGCUGACCAUCUACUCCAUGGUCAACAUGAACAAUGUGUCCUGGGGCACUCGGGAGACAGGUGUCCAAGUCGCUGCGCCACCAACCAAGGCCAUCGCACAGCGCAUCCUACAGGCCAAGUGCUGCAAGUUUCUCUGCUGGGACAGUGGCAAAGUAGCAGACCAGAAUGGUCAGGUGCCAGAAACUGUUGUGUUGGCUAAUGAGCCAAAGGUGAACCCUAAUCUGACCUCUGAAGACAAUAACAGGAAUGUGGAAUUCCGUUCUCAUCAGUCUACUGAACAAAACUGGGUAACACAACUGCAGAAUAAGUCCUAUGAUUUCCCUCUAAAUGAAGAUUUUCUUGGGAAGGGAGAGGAGGACUUUUGGAGAGAGCUCCAGAAGCUCUAUUUGGAACCUCUAGCUGAGGAUAAAGAAAAACAGAAGAAAAUCACAAAUGACCUAAUGGAACUGAGAAACAAGAAUGCAUAA